CCCAUUUCGCUUAAAACUUGAUUCCAUUGCAGCUGCCUUAGGUGAUCGGAAGCCCCCAUGGUUUGCUUCUGCUUUCUGGUGGAUGAGAAGCGGAGGGUGCGGCGGAGUAGGCCGGCGCCGGGCAUUUGCUCCCGUUGCGGAGGAGGAGCCAGAGUGGCGGAUAUGAAAACGGCCACCAGAUUCUGUCACGUUCCCUUUUACUGGAAAUCCUGGAGAGCCAUCAUCUGUACUUUUUGUGGAUCUGUUCUUCGAUCCUACCGCUAACAAUGCCGCAUUCAUUUGUUCUCCACUGAAAUUUUUGUUCUGGCUAAUGUCUAAUGAUUCCUCAUUUCUGUAUUCUGAAUUUUUUUUUUUUUUUUUGUUGGAAGUCUGUAGUGUUGUAGUCUGAUUGUUAUUCGUCUUGAAGCUUAACGGCUUAUUUUCCA